CCUUGUCAAGUUUUUUCCAUUUAAUUUUUAUUCAAAGAAGUUCAUGGAAAGAUCAACAACAGUGGUAACGAAAACCCUUAAUGGCAGGAAACCAAUCUUGGCUCCAAUGGAACCAGGAUUUCUUCCUUACAUUACCUUCCCACAGAAAACCAACAUCAGAGAUGCAUCUUUCUCCUCUUAUCUCCAAACAGAGGAACCAAACCAAGCUGUUGAUGAUUCAGAGAUAAGCAUUUUUGAUGCCCAGGAGUACUUCAACGAAAACAAUGUCAAUGACCCAAAACCCACCAAGAAAGUUUCUCCAAUUAAUGGUGUCAAUCUAAAACGCUCACCAGAGGUGCCCAGACUUUCCUCUGCCCCUUCUUCUGUGGAUGGAUAUAGAAAUUACAGAGUCAGGUCUUUCAAUGCAACACCGACGGCUUCUUCCGAGGCUAGUUGGAACAGUCAGACUGGUCUGUUAUCGAAUCCUCCUGGUGCCAUUGCUGUGUCAAUUCGAAAUCCUCCAAGUACUGAUAAGAAGACAGGGUCCUCUGCGAAAUGGAUUUUCCGGCGAAAGUGUCCUUGUUCCGGAAAGAAAUCUGUUCAGGUGGAGGAACAUAUUAAUCCAUCAGAACCCAAAAUCACGAUACCACGACUAAAAGAAACUUGUACUUCCAAACCCAGAACAGACAGUCCGAUUGAAAACUCUGCUUUGCGAAUUUUGGGGGCGCCAAGAAGGGAAGACAUCCCAAGUGUUCGACGAAUAUCCGCCGAGAAUCACUUCGCUUCAAACUUGACCAAACACGAGCGUAUAUUGCCGUCGGGACGGGCCUUCAAUGAUGGUGGUUCUGGGUUCACCUUCCCCAUACUGAGCCACCAGAAAUUGGUAUUGAAUGGUUCGGAUACUCCACCGCUCGAUCAGGACCCACCCCGGGAAUCCUUGGAAGUUUUCAGGCCGAAGGACGAACUGGUCUCGACUACCGUGUCUGGGAUAAUUACACGCAGGAGUUUCACGUUCCCGACAAGCCCCAAAUCCAGAAUGGUCCCAACAGACGACGACAUGGCCAGCGAUGCGAGCUCCGAUUUGUUCGAAAUCGAGAGCUUCUCCACUCAAACGACGUCGUACCCAACUUGCACCCGUCGAGACUCACUCGAAGACGCUUCAACAUUCAAUUUACGAUCAAGAUUUUUGCAGCUCCACCGAAGUCUGGACGAGCCAAUGACACCGUCGCUGGCCCCAACAGAGUGUUACGAGCCGAGCGAGGUUAGUAUUGAUUGGAGCGUGACGACAGCUGAAGGGUUUGACAAAGCAAGCGUAACAAAUUUCUCAGUCACCGCAUCGGAGGCGGAGGAGAUGACGUGGCGGGAACGAAACAGCGGUGGCGGAGGGAAGAAAAAGGCGGGUGGGUUGUUGAGCUGCCGUUGUGAGAAAGCAGUGAAUGUAGGGCCCCACCCAGUGAAGUGUGGGCCCAAUGAAGGACAAAGGGUAGGACCAAGUGGAACAGAAAGGCAUGUGACUGUGAGUAGUAGGGCACACAGAGUGAAUAAGCCACCCCUCGCAAGCUCUCGCCCGUCUAUUCCUUUCGCAACAUAGACGAUGGCCGCCAUAUACACUUCUUCUCUAAGCUGAUGCUAUCUUUUCUUUUCUUUUCUUUUCUCUUCUCCUCUCCUCUUCUCUUCUCCUCUCUCUUUGUGGUGUUCUUGAUUUUCGAAAAUUGUGUGAUCUGGUAUUUUGUGUCUUCUUGUUAUGCUUUUACAGUUUCACUGCCUCCGGUUUCGACAAGACGUGUAGCUCCCCACACCAAUGCAUUUGGUUCGACUCAUUAAUUAUUAUUAUUAUGUAUAGAUUUCUUGUUGAGAUUAA